AUAACGAUUUGAGCAGUAUUCAAGCAGCUUCGAUGCAGAAACAAAGUCAUAAUAAACUUCAAGCAAGAAAGCACAAUCAAUUUGUGGACUACAAUCCAACGACAAAUCACAGUCAUGUUUAUGAAGUACUUCUUUCUUAUCGCCAUUAAUAUUGUGAACGCAAACGCUGAAAAGUGUGUGCCAGGACCGUUUCACAAAAAAUAUUCUUCACCAGCGACAGAAGAGCGUGCUGCAUGCGGAGCGUAUAAUACAGAUACUUGCUGCACAGCAAACUUCACGAACGAACUGAACAAAACACGAGGACGGGUAUUGUUAGGGUUUGACUGGGGACAUUGCAAGAGCAUUUCGCGGAAAUGCGACGAAUUCCUGCUGCGAGCAGUGUGUUUCUUCAAUUGCGAACCGCGAUUAAUCAGAUGGCACGCAGGAAAUCUUACACUGAGGAACGUUCCAGUUUGUGGAGAUUAUUGUGACGACUGGUACGAGGCAUGCAAGGACGACCAGACCUGUGUUCAGGAAUGGCUGACAGACUUUGAAUUUGCUAAUUCAACAUAUACUUGUCCUCGCAAUUCAACAUGCCGCAAGUUCUCCGAGUGGUACGGAAAUGGUCAAAGACUGUGCAACAAACUCUUUGGUCAAAACUUUCGUUACGUUGAUCCGAAGUGUCCUUGCACAAAAAUGGACGGACCAAUCCCUAACCAUAUCAACGAAACAUCGACCUGCAACACUGCAACCUCUACAACCGUAUCUUCUCCAACAAAGCCUUCAUCGUAUUGCCCCAGGGGUAAAUACUCAUUCCAUGCAACAUAUUUAAGCCUUGUUUUGAUUGCCAUGAUAAAGUAUUGAAAGUACGAUAGCAAUUUCUUGCUUACCGACGUAUAUAAUGGAGCAUAGCUACGUACAUGUAUUCGACGACUAUUGGUGACAUUCAACUUAAUUAAUUUUCGGUAUACAAAAACUAAUAUUGAAUAUCGAUAUUUUUGAAUUUUCGAUAUUUAUCGACUAUAUCGAUAUAUCGCAACAGCCCAGCUAACACUUUGUCAAAUUAACGUAAAUAAGUCAUUAAUAUAUCUCAUUUACGCUA